AUGCUGAAGGUGGAUAUGAUGAAGGCUUAUGACUCUAUAGAGUGGGCUUACAUCGAGCAGAUUCUUGUAUGCUUAAACUUCCCUGGGGUAUUCAUAAAUUGGAUCAUGCAGUGUUUAAUAUCAGUAGCCUACUCAAUAGUAAUAAAUGGGAAGCCAUCUCCCCUACUUCAAGCGAAGAAAGGGCUUAGACAGGGUGACCCAAUAUCGCCCUACUUAUUUGUCCUUGCAAUGGAGUACCUAUGCAGGCUACUCAAACAGUUAAAACAUGAUAGAGACUUUAAAUUCCAUCCUAGGUGUGCUAAACUCCAGGUCAUUCAACUUGGGUUUGCGGACGACCUUUUGUUGUUUAGUAAAGGAGAUGUGGGAUCAGUUCAGAAACUAUAUGGCCUUUUUCACAAAUUUUCAAGUGCCUCGGGGCUCCAAGCUAAUUUGCAGAAGUCCUCAAUUUACUUUGGAGGCGUGAGAGAAGAGGUCCAACAGCAAAUACUUGCGGUACUGGGAAUGACGAAAGGAUCUCUGCCUUCAGCCUCUUCUAGACAAAAUGUUAGGAAGAGUCACUUCUUGGACUGCAAAACUCCUCUCCUAUGUAGGAAGAGUGCAGUUACUGAUGUGUCUACCCAAGAGCGCUGGUGGGCUGAAUCUGGUGAAUCUAGCGUUAUGGAACAAAGCAGCUAUUUGCAAACUGCUGUGGAAUCUGAGCAACAAGAAAGACAAAUUGUGGGUGAAAUGGGUACACUUAUACUAUAUAAAAGAUGGAACUAUCAACGAAGCAAGUACCAUCAGGCCUCCUGGAUAGUGAAGAAGAUUCUUAAGGCAUCGUCAUAUAUGGAGGCAGCUGGACUGAUUGUAGAAGAGGAAAUUAAAGUGCAAACAUUUUCAAUACUACGAAUGUACUUAAAACUAAUGGGAACCCAUCCAAGAGUUGGCUGGAGAAAUCUGAUCUGUAGCAACCCUUGUCCUCCAAAGUGGCUAUUCAUAGGAUAUUUAGUGGCAAAUGGUAGAGUUUAUAGCAAAGAUAGGCUGAUCAACUGGGGUAUGGACGUGGAUCCGCUAUGCCAGCUAUGUAAAGGGGUUGCCGAGACUAUGAAUCAUCUGUUUUUCACCUGUCCAGUUGCUGCAGCAGUAUGGAGCAAGUUACUACAAUGGCAAGGCAUUACUAGGCAGUGUUGCGAAUGGCCAGAAGAAUGUGAAUGGAUGGAGAUGCACCGCAACAGUAACAACUCAAGCUCGGUCAUAUAUCGCAUGACACUUGCAGGUGGCAUUUACCACAUAUGGAAGGAAAGGAACCAAGUACUAUUCCAAGGCAAAAGGAGGAGUGCUGAUACGAUAGUGAGAGUAAUGGUGCAAGACGUAUUCUUUCGAGCAAGUAGGAUGGUUAAACUAGCUGGACCCAUAGCAUCUCUUAAUUUCUAUCCUAGCUAG